GGCUACCAGAUCGUCGAGACGUAAUGUGUCAUUAGAAAACAAUGACUAAUUAACCAUGUGAGUGGAUUUGCUGGAUUAUAAAUAUAAGCCCGAUCAAUAAUUUAAGGUUUUGAUCCACCAAGGGUGACCACCAUGAGUGUGUGGAAGCGAUUGCAGCGAGUUGGCAAGUCAGCUUCCAAGUUCCAGUUCACUGCUUCGUACCAGGAGCUGAUGGUGGAGUGCACAAAGAAAUGGCAGCCCAACAAAGUGUGUGUAGUUUGGACGAGACGGAAUAGAAGGAAGUCUACUCAGUUGUAUACGUGGGAUCCGACCAUUAGGAAUCCCUACAGGGGCCUGGUCACCUGGAACGUGCCGGAGAAUGUUGAGAUUCAGGUGACGUUGUUCCGCGACUCGAGGCAGGAUGAGUACGAGGACAAGGAUUGGACGUUUGUUAUUGAAGAUCAAUCCAAAGGUCGGCGCAAGGUACUUGCAACAAAAUCGAUCAAUAUGAGGGAAUUUGCCAGUCAUAUUCCAACACAGAAAACCAUCAAGCUGUCCAUGAAGCCGGCAACCAAAAAAGUUGUAGCAGCUUCAUUAGAACUCACUAUAUCUUGUGUAUUUAUUAGAGAAGGGAAAGCCACAGAUGAAGACAUGCAGAGCGUGGCGAGCUUGAUGAGUUUUGGUCGCUCGGACAUUGGUAACCUUGACGACCUAGAGGAGGAGGAUGAGGACAAGGGUGUGUCGAGUGAGAUUCAGAACAUUACGCUGCAACUCGACAGUCUGGAGGCUCAUGGUAAUCCGUUUGAGGACGACAGUAUCGUGGAAUGUUCGGAUGAUGAUUGCCACAGUCCGUUUGCUGAACCUGCAUUUGAAAAAUGUAUGGUUUCAAAAAAGGAUGCAGACAAUGUUGCUGACUCUUCUAAUCCAUUCGAGGACUCGUCAUCUUCAGACAAAUCAGACUCAAAACCUGUGAUAAAAAAUAAAGGUGGCAAAGAUGAUGAUAGACUCCGAGCUGCCGCAAAGAACAAAUCGUUUACUCUCCCUGCGUCAGGUUCUAGAAGCUCUAGUGAUCCCAAGAACCCCAAAUCCCUAACUUUGAAGCUUUCCAAGUCGGCUUCCCCUGCAGAGAGACCUAUUUAUGAGGGAACACCCCCAUCCACUCCCGAGGAAGAGAAGAGUCAGCCAUUGCGAGCCAUCACACCACCACUGGAUCUGCCAAAUGAUUCCCUCAGUACACCAGACAGAUCUCUAUUAGCGGAUUCAAGUGUAGUAAAACAUGAUGUACAGAGUAAUGGAGUCUUAGAUGAUAGUCAGAGAGAAUCACCGGCCGCCAGUCAGAGCAGUUCUCUGCUUGAACUGUUGUCAUGGUGUCGAGAGGUCACUCUGGGUUAUAAGGGAGUGAAAAUUACGAAUGUGACCACAUCUUGGAGGAAUGGUCUUGCGUUCUGUGCCAUUAUUCACCAUUUCAGACCGGACCUUAUUGAUUUUCCUUCUUUAUCUCCUCAUAACAUCAAAGGAAAUAAUAAGAUUGCAUUUGAUGCUGCGGCGAAGCUUGGCAUUCCGAAAGUGAUAGAGCCGUCUGACAUGGUGUUGCUGCAGGUUCCAGACAAACUGUGUGUGAUGACGUACCUCCACCAGCUGCGGUCCUACUUCACCAACCAGCAGCUGGAGGUGCAGCAGAUUGGCAUGAACACCAGCCAGAGCACCUACACCAUUGGGGAGCACGACGCUGAGGACGACCAGAGGAUUUCAGAAGAGAUGUACGGACAUCGCCAGCGAGAGAGAACCCCAAGUAGAAAGGAAAGGAUGAGAAGAAAGAGUGGUAGUGUUGAAUCGGACAAAAGUCGGACGUCCAUAGACUCUGAAAGGGUGCGAAGGAAAACCUCAUCCCCAGAAAAUGACUCUCGUCCGUCUAGCAAAUGUGAGAGGAAGUCUUCGUCAGGGUCGAGGAAGUCAGCCUCACCUGACAGCAAAGUGAGUAACAGACACUCUAGUGGUGAGCAAAGGAGGUCCUCAUCUAGUGGUGAGCAAAGGAGGUCCCCCUCUUCAAGUGGUGAGCAGAGGAGAUCCCCCUCAUCAGGUGGUGAGCAAAGGAGGUCCCCCUCUUCAAGUGGUGAGCAAAGGAGGUCUCCCUCUUCAAGUGGUGAGCGAAGGAGGUCUCCCUCUUCAGGUGGUGAGCAGAGGAGCUCAGCCUUGUCAUCUUCGAAAUCUAGUCCAGAGAAAGAAGUGAGAACUGUUGAUGGUGAGCCAGUCUCAAAGCAACAGACCCCUGAUUUCAUUAAGACCCAUUAUGAGAAGAAGAAGCGCAGAGCCCCUGCUCCCCCCAAGAAAAAACGGAAAGCUCCUAGUCCUCCUCUGCAGUCACCUUCCUGCGAGGGCAAAACUGAUAAACCACAGUUGAUGACGAGAAAUCAGUUUUACAAUCCUUUUGAUUCUGAUGAUGAUGAUGAUGACUCAACAAAUCCUUUUGCUGGAGAUGAUGAUGAUGAUGUUGAUAGUGUAGGGCAACAGGCUGAGGACAAUGUCAGCUCAACAGCCAGUGCUAAACCACAAGAUGAAAGGAAAGUCAUCCACACUGACAUUAAUGUAUUUAGUUCCCAGGAGUUUGCAGAAUCUACACUAGAAGAUAAUGAGCUAGAAAGACAACAGUCAUCGGAGAUACAUGGAGUAGUGCGACAGCAGUCGGAUGAAUCUCAGGGCAAGUCAAAACACGAUGAACUCAAACAACGUGCAAAGUUAUUGCUGGAAAAGGCUCGCAAGGAGGCUCUAACAAAGAAGAACACUUCAUCGUAUUCACUCGACGAACCGGGAGACACCAAGGAUGAUGAACGAAAGCGGCAUCUUCGUGAGCGUGCCCGGAAACUGAUAGCUGAAGUGAGAAUGAGUAUGGACAGUCCACAGGCCUCGCUGGAUAAAGAAGAAAGUGUUCUGCCUGCCACCACUGAACAGGAGGCUGCCCCACCAGUGCCCCUGAAAGCAUACCGAGUUGGCCCCAGAUUUCGAUAUGUUGGUUCUCCACCGAGCGUACCGAAAGACGUCUCAAACCGGCCACCCGAGCUGAGGAUGAAGAAGCUGGUACUAGCGAAACCAAACCUGUCUAUAGGGCUGUCCAGCGACGACCACAAACAGACCCCCAGUCCCGAGGACAGCACUGCAAGUACCGACACGGGCAGACAAGAGGCAAGGCUGGAGCGCACUGGGAGCGCAGAACAAGGUGCUGGGUAUGAAGACAAUCUUGGCAGUGAUGGAGAACUCGAACAUUCGGACGGCUCGGAGCUAGAUCUCAUACUUAACCUAGACGAUGAGCACAUGCGUGACACUAACCAGUACGUCCAGGCCGAGAUGGACGCUCUAGAGUACGAACAGACUCAGGUGGAUGACAGGGCAGCCCAGGUGGAGAAGCAACUUAGAAGGGUCAUGGACAAAGGGAAGAACAAGAGCCAGGAGGAGAAGCUGAUGCAGGAAUGGUUUCACCUUGUUAACAAGAAGAACGCUCUGAUCCGGCGACAGAUGCAGCUCAACAUUCUGGAGAAAGAGGAUGACCUGGAAAAGCGCUAUGAGCUGCUCAACCGUGAGCUGCGAGCCAUGAUGGCCAUUGAAGACUGGCAAAAAACGGAGUCUCAGAAACGACGAGAGCGGUUACUACUUGAGGAGUUGGUGAAUGUGGUCAAUAAGCGAGAUGAACUUGUACAGCAUCUAGACACACAGGAACGAGCGAUUGAACAAGAUGAAUAUUUGGAAAAGCAGAUAUCUGAGGGUCGCAUUCCACUUAAAGAUGAGAAGAGUUGUUCAGUACAGUGAUACAGUCAUAGUCAGUAUGUGCAGGUGUCAGUGAUAGUAUGUGCAGGUGUCAGUGAUAGUCAGUAUGUGCAGGUGUGAGAAUGUACGUAUGCAGAAAUGGACACUUUGUGGACAGUUGCUUAGUGAUGGGGUUCGAUUUCACAUUACACUGAAAAUUGUGAGAGCCAUAGUUUCAUUCGCACAUUGAAUUUAUGACAUCAUUUACGUGUUCAUGAUGGGUUACCUAAACACGAAAUAGGUUACUUCAAUUUGUUUUUGCGUAACCCAAAAAUGGUUUACGCAAAUGUUCAAUUCUCAGAUGGCUGUAAUGAAACUGUACUUGAUAAAAUAAUUUAUACAAGACUCCAUUUCUAGGUUUUAUAUAUAAAUAGCUCACUACAAAUGCUAUUUUAAAGGUGUAAGAUUGAGAAAAAAUAUUGAAAAUAACAUUUUGCAAAGUUGUUUGAAAAUAUUAAUUCAAAAGAAAUUUUGUUCAGUCAGACAAAAUAAGGAGACAUGAAUACUAUUAAAUCUCAGUAUACCUUUUUGACAAAUUCAUUAUAGAUUCAAAUUCAGUAUAUUUGGCAAAUUCCGCUUUAAUUCUUAAUGAAUAAUGGCUAGAGACCUAAUAUAUGUGAUCAUACAAAGACCUGUGUAGUUCAGAAUGGUGAAUGUAUAAAUUGUAUUAUGUCAGACAUUUCACUAGAGGUUCGUGGCACUGAUUUGGGUAAAUUAGAUGUGUUUUCACAUCAUUAACAAACAAUGAGGUGAAAUUUUGUUUGUAUGUUUUAACUUUUAAGCUGCUAGUAAACACUUCGCAUUAUGACAUCACCGAGCAGAAAAAUCGCUCACUGAUUGACCUUUUUCCUAUGCUCUGAUUGCCUGCAGAAAUGCAUUCAUGAAAAAUCGCAUUAAUAAAAAAAAAAUUGCGAAUUUACACACGCAAAUGAAAUAUAUUUUUAUUUAAAAAUUUGUUAAAUCUGACUUUGGUGUAGCAUGUAGCUUAUUUCAGUAUUUCAGAUUUGGAGAAUGGUGCGAAAUACCUAAGACUAGCCAAGUGCUGCAAUGAAUGACUGAAAUGUCAUGCUUUGUGUGGCACUGGAUAUUUCUAUGAAAUCUUAACAUUGUGCACAUUGAGAAAAGUGUCACGGAAAACCACUGCUAUGUUAUUCAACUUCCUUCACUUAAACAAAGGUACAGAUAUGUAUCAUGCGUUUCUAAUAUACAAAAUACACCUGGGUGUUGUGACUAGCCAGAUGCACUGAUGUUCCACAAACCAGUCAGUCAGUCCUGUCGUUGUCUGUGACUUAGAACAGUGUGUGAGGCAAGACAUGUUGAACUUUUAUAACAUUAAGAGUCCAACAGUUAGAUGAUAAUAUGUAACUGUUCAAGUGUUGGGGGUUUUUGUGUGUGUUUUUUUGUUUUGUUAAAAGAGACCUGCACUUUUUGAAACAACAGCGAAUAAACAGAUGGAAAAACACAGAAAAUAUAGAUACUGUUUUGACAGAUUAGGUCAUUUUCACUUUUUAUAGAUUUGAAUAAAUGCUAGUCUUAAAUGUUAGUACAUGUAACUUUGGUUUAUCACUGUUCUCUGACAUGGUGAAAUGAUACUCUAUAACUAAACAAAAUUCAAAAUUUAUCAUGACUUUGACCCAAAAUUAGUAUGUAAGACAUAAAAAUCUAGGUACUGAGAUUGAGCAACUUUUAACGUGUUAACAUUUGUAAUGUUUUAUAAGCAAAGACAUGAAGUUGAAGAUGUUCCACCAUUCAAGUUUUCACUAUAUUCAAAUUUUUAUAAUUUUUAAAAACUAAUCUGAAAACCCCAACAGCAAUUCCAGCAAUACUAGUUACUUAGGUAACUCUCUUUUAUUUCUGUCAUGAUUAACAUGCAUGUAUAAACCAGUACAUGAACAUGCAUUUAUAGUACCAUCUACCUGUCUGUUUGUUUGAAGGUGACAUACUGCAAGUACAUAAUAUUAUACAUGUAUAUAUGUAGCUCUGUGUAAGCCUUCAACCGUGUGCUAGAACAUUGUAUUAUAAAGUCAUUGUGAGAGCGUUGUUAUUUUUAUUAUUGGAUUAUGUUUCUUGACCAAAGCUUUUUGUUAGAAUUGUGAUAAAUGUAUAUGUUGUUGUAUAAUAUUAUGUACCAUGGUUAUGUUGUUCAGCUUGUGGCUAUUUGAAGCUUUUGUUUCAAAAUUGUCAGAAUAAAUGUUUAAUGUUUAGUUCUAAAAUGUAAAUGAUUUACUUUGCAUACUAUAUUUAUUCUAAUUUCCAACUGAAGAUAAUGCUCACAUUGUCCAGUAUUGAAAUUGAACUUUUGUACCUACUGCACAGAUUAACCAUAAAACAUAUAAAUAACUUUUGCACAUUAGCUAGUGGUGCAAAAAAACAACACCUUCGCACAUUUGAGUGUAUGUGUGUAGGGGGAGGGGGUGGGGUUGGGGUGGGGCAGGGGGGUUAUUGGCACCUCCAUAGGUUUCAAAACCUAGUUACAUCUUUAUUAAUAUUUUUUUUAAUUGACCACCGAUCACAGAAUGUGACAUAUAGUAUUCCAUUUAAACAGUACCCGUAUGUUUAAUUUUUGUAAUGGUCCUUCAGUGAUACUGGUAUUCAAAUUUGUUUUUGUAUUGCCCAGCGCUGAGGCUGGUGGUAAACUUUGCUUGUUCUUAAAGGAUAGAAUGAAAAGUUCUUUCUAAAAUAUUAUUAAAUUGUUUUCUAUACAGUAAUACAUGUACACCCACUUAAAAAAAAAAAAAAAUGCUCUGCUUUUCAGUGGAAGUUAGAAUAAAUCUAUUAUCUGAUAUUGUAUUUGUAAACUUUGCUUUCUGAGAAAUAAUCAUGUUAUGUAUUUAGAAAUAGUAAAUAUAUUUUGUAAACUAAAUGUUCAAAAUAUUUUUGAACUGAUACUGGAACUUGUACUUAUAUAUUGUUGGUAAUUUGUGUACUACUGCUUUCUCAGUGUUUUAGUGUUAAGUGUUAAGUGUGUGUGUGUGUGCGCGUGCGUGCGUGUGUGUUGUGUGUAUUAUAUAUGCACUAUUUAUUUCUUAUUGGCACUUAUUUAUUUUUCUCUUUUCUAAUUUCUUGCCAGAAACAUGAUUUGAGUUUUAAAUUUGUA